AUGCAGUGCUAUACAGAAUUGUUACCCCCUUCCGGGGUAACUCAUGCCCUGGCAGUUUCAUUUACCUCAGCAACAGCGGAUAAUCUGGUCGUGGUGAAGACCUCUAUCCUCCAGAUCUUCUCUUUGCUCAAGGUUCAACAUCACCCGAGAGGUGGAACUAUUGAGGGUAAGUCAGCGCGGCCAGACCAGUUAGAGACAACGAAGCUCGUCCUGGAGCGAGAAUAUCCGCUUUCUGGAACAGUAGUCGACAUCUGUCGCGUCAAAUUUUUGAAUCCUAAGAGCGGUGGUGAAGCUCUUUUACUUGCUUUUCGAAAUGCCAAACUUAGCUUGGUGGAAUGGGACCCAGAGCGUCAUGGGAUCUCAACAAUUUCAAUCCAUUACUAUGAGCGGGAUGAUCUAACCCGUAGUCCAUGGGUACCCGAUCUCAGCAGUUGUGGCAGUAUCCUGAGUGUGGAUCCGAGCAGUAGAUGCGCAGUCUUCAACUUUGGGAUUCGGAAUCUUGCGAUUUUACCCUUUCAUCAACCAGGAGAUGACCUAGCCAUGGACGACUACGAAUUCGAUCUUCAUCAAGACGGUCUCAAUGAAGUAUCGAAUCACGUCGCCAAUGAUUUCAAGGACAAAGAUCGCGCCGUGUAUCAGACCCCGUAUGCUUCGUCCUUUGUGCUUCCCUUAACUGCAUUGGAUCCCUCUAUACUUCACCCUGUCAGUCUUGCGUUCUUAUAUGAGUAUAGGGAGCCGACGUUCGGCAUCCUGUACUCGCAGAUUGCUACUUCGCAUGCUUUGCUCUCUGAAAGAAAAGAUUCUAUCUUUUACACUGUGUUUACACUAGAUUUGGAACAGCGAGCUUCCACGACUUUACUUUCGGUACCAAAAUUGCCUAGCGACUUGUUCAAGGUGGUUGCCCUUCCACCUCCAGUUGGAGGCGCGUUACUUAUCGGGUCCAAUGAAUUAGUGCACGUCGAUCAGGCAGGCAAAACCAAUGCGGUUGGAGUCAAUGAGUUCGCCAGACAAGUCUCGGCAUUCUCCAUGGUUGAUCAGUCAGACCUCGCACUUCGGCUAGAAGGGUGCGUUGUGGAGCAUCUUUCUGACAGCACCGGGGAUCUGCUUCUUGUUCUUUCGUCGGGGAAUAUGGUGGUCGUCCAUUUCCAAUUGGACGGAAGGUCAGUGUCAGGCAUCUCAAUUCGUCCCCUACCUGCACAGGCUGGGGGGACUAUCAUGAAAACUGCUGCAUCUUCCUCAGCUUUUCUUGGAAGCGGCAGAGUUUUUUUUGGCAGCGAGGAUGCAGAUUCCGUCCUUCUCGGCUGGUCCUCCUUGUCCUCGAAUUCAAAAAAACCUCGUCCAAGAAUGAGCAAUGUGGCAGAAGAUCGUGAAGAAGCCUCAGACGAUAGUCAAAGUGAAGAGGACGUUUAUGAAGACGACCUCUAUACUGCAGAGCCUGAAACGCCAGCUCUUGGUCGUCGUCCAUCCGCUGAAAAGUCUGGAGUCGGACUAUAUAAAUUUCAGGUACUCGACAGACUGUCUAAUAUCGGCCCACUGAGAGAUAUAACGCUAGGAGAGCCUGCUUCGACUGUUGAAAACACAGGUCGCCUCAUUGAGAAUGCUUCCUCCGAGCUUGAGUUAGUAGCUGCUCAAGGCUCGGGCAGAAAUGGUGGGUUGGUAUUGAUGAAGCGCGAAAUCGAACCGGACGUCGCAGCUUCUUUUGACGCUCAAUCUGUCAAAGGGGUUUGGACAGCAGUUGUAGCUCUUGGAAGCGGUGCACCAUUGGUCCCUGAUGUGCAGCAAAUUAAUCAAGAGUACCGCCAAUAUGUUAUACUGUCGAAACCUGAAGCUCCCGACAAGGAACAGUCAGAAGUUUUCAUUGCGGAGACACAAGACUUGAAACCUUUCAAAGCUCCUGAGUUUAAUCCGAACAACGAUGUGACCAUAGAGAUUGGGACGCUGUCGUGCAAAAGGCGAGUUGUUCAGGUCCUGAGGAACGAGGUCCGAAGCUACGAUAUUGACUUGGGCCUGGCGCAAAUCUAUCCGGUCUGGGACGAAGACACCAGCGAUGAGCGCAUGGCUGUUAGCGCCAGCCUGGCUGACCCAUACAUAUCUAUCCUCCGAGAUGAUUCAACGUUGAUGCUUCUUCAAGCAGAUGAUAGUGGAGACCUUGAUGAAGUGGAAUUGAACGACUCUGCGAGGGCCGGCAAAUGGCGCUCUUGUUGCUUAUAUUGGGACAAAGCUGAGAUUUUCUCGUCUACGGGGCCUACUUCGAAGCAGAGGACUCACUGCGAAUUGUUCCUCUUCCUACUUAGCAUCGAUUGCAGACUUUACAUUUAUCGACUGCCUGAUCAGCAACUCAUGUCAGUUAUCGAGGGUAUUGACUGCUUACCACCAAUACUAUCGACUGAGCUUCCCAAGCGCUCUACUACGCGGGAGGUCUUAUCUGAAGCGGUUAUUGCAGAUCUCGGCGAAUCCUGGAAUCCUUCACCUCACCUAAUUUUACGCACUGAAAGUGACGACCUUGUGAUAUAUAAGGCAUUUACGUCCUCUAUCAAGGGGGAAAGUCAUACACGCCUGAGCUUCGUCAAAGAAGCUAAUCAUACCUUGCCAAGGGUUACUACUUCAGAGAAGGGUUUGCAGUCAAACGAGGAGCUAUCAAGGUCCAGGUCACUGCGCAUUUUGCCUAAUAUUUCAGAUUUUAGUGCCGUUUUUAUGCCUGGACCGUCUGCAAGCUUCGUUCUCAAAACGGCCAAAAGCUGUCCCCGCGUUUUUCGUUUGAGAGGAGAAUUCGUGCGGAGCCUGAGCAUUUUCAGCUUAGCCAGCCCUUCGCUUGACAAAGGCUUCAUAUAUGUGGACUCAAAGGACGUGCUUCGCAUCUGUCGGUUCCCAUCAGAGACCCUAUUCGAUUAUACAUGGCCCUUGAGAAAAAUCGAUAUCGGAGAGCAAGUAGAUCAUUUAGCCUAUGCUACAUCCUCCGAAACGUACGUAUUGGGUACCAGUCAUAGCGCAGAUUUCAAGUUGCCUGAGGAUGAUGAAUUACACCCGGACUGGCGAAACGAAGUAAUUUCAUUCCUCCCUGAGCUUCGCCAAUGCUCGCUCAAAGUCGUAAGUCCGAGAACAUGGACGGUUAUCGAUAGCUACUCACUAGGUCCCGCUGAAUAUGUAAUGGCGGUAAAGAAUAUGGACCUUGAAGUUUCCGAAAACACUCACGAGCGCAGGAAUAUGAUUGUUGUCGGAACAGCAUUUGCUCGGGGUGAAGACAUCCCGUCUCGUGGCUGUAUUUACGUCUUCGAAGUGAUCAAAGUGGUUCCGGACCCGGAGAAACCAGAGACAGACCGCAAACUGAAACUUAUAGGCAAGGAGUUGGUCAAAGGCGCCGUGACUGCGCUAUCACAGAUUGGCGGUCAAGGAUUUCUAAUUGCUGCGCAAGGGCAAAAGUGCAUGGUUAGAGGGCUGAAGGAGGAUGGCAGUCUGCUCCCUGUUGCUUUCAUGGAUAUGCAGUGUUACGUCAACGUGGUGAAAGAGCUCAAAGGCACUGGAAUGUGUGUAAUGGGGGAUGCUGUCAAAGGGCUUUGGUUCGCGGGCUACUCGGAAGAACCAUACAAGAUGAGCCUCUUUGGCAAAGACCAAGGGUAUCUUGAAGUCGUUGCUGCCGAUUUUCUUCCUGAUGGCGACAAGCUGUUUAUUUUGGUUGCUGACAGUGAUUGCAACCUUCAUGUCUUGCAGUAUGACCCGGAAGAUCCGAAAUCUUCUAACGGUGAUCAAUUGCUGGCCCGCAGCAAGUUUCACUUAGGUCACUUUGCCACAACAAUGACUCUGAUGCCCCGUACGAUGGUCUCCUCAGAGAAAGCAAUGGCCGGCCCAGAUUCGAUGGAAAUAGAUUCCCAAACCGUAUCCCAGCAAGUACUCGUUACCUCUCAGAGUGGUUCGGUUGGCAUCGUCACGUCUGUUUCCGAAGAGUCAUAUCGCCGGCUAUCAGCCUUGCAAUCCCAAUUGACGAAUUCCUUGGAGCACCCGUGCGGCCUGAAUCCUCGAGCUUACCGAGCUGUUGAGAGUGACGGAACGGCAGGGAGAGGCAUGCUUGAUGGGAAUCUGCUGUAUCAAUGGCUGGAUAUGGGACAACACCGCAAGAUGGAAAUUGCUGCCCGGGUUGGGGCACAUGAGUGGGAGAUCAGGGCUGAUCUCGAGGCUAUUGGUGGAGAGGGACUGGGAUAUCUAUGA